CAAGAAAGGAAGAACAAAAAGACACCAAUUAACAACAGCCGAACAAGAGCACAGGAAGUCAAGGCAAAUACUGAAUACACAGAAAAAAAAACAAGCAAGUAAAGAAGAGCAUUACAGCUGACAAACAGAAAUACGAGCAACCGCUAACAACGACAGCGGAAAAGGCUGCAACAGAACGAAAUGUCAAACAACCGUAUGACACAACAAAGAAACUGGAAGGGAAAUGUGGUAAACCAGAAAGACCGGUCAAAGACAAACAAGGCAAGACAAUCACUGAAAUUCAAAACAGAGAAACAGAUGGGUAGAACACUUUGAAGAACUCUUCGAUAGGCCAGCUCCAUUUAAUCUACCGCACAUAGAAGCAAAACACACAGACCUUCCUAUUGGUGUCACUCCAUCAACAAUCGAAGAAAUCAGCAUGUUAAUCAGACGAAUCAAGAGUUGGAAAACAGUAGUACCUGACAAUAUACCAACUGAAGCACUCAUGUCACACAUAGGAGCAACUGAAAACAUGUUCCACGUUUUGUUCAGGAAGGAUUGGGAGGAAGAACAAGUGCUGACAGACUGGAAAGGACACGUAAUCAAAAUACCAAAGAAACGAGAUCUCAACAAGUGUGUGAACUAUAGAGGUAUCUCACUACUUCCAGUACCAGGAAAGGUUUAUAACUGUGUUGAUGAACCGAAUGAAAGAUUCGGUAGUUGUCCAGUUUCAAGAUCAACAGACCGGAUUACGUAACGAUCGGUCAUUCACAGACCCAAGAGCGACACUACGGAUCAUCGUUGAA